AUGUUUUCCAAAACCCUUGCUCACGUUACCCGUAGCUGCAACAAACUCAACCAAGUUUAAGCUUACAACUUCGGUGUUUUGAGUGAAUACAAUCAAAGAUUAAGCAAAAAGCUCCACAAGGGUCACUUGGUCGAAGAUAAGCCCACAUUCUUCGUUACCUCAUCUAGACCUGGUAACUUUGGUGAUCACAUUGAUUUCAAGGUUAACAUUGAUAACUGGUUUGAUGAAAAUAGAGUCCACAAUGAACACGAAACUGAUAUCAGAAGAACCUAGAUUUACACUUUGAAUGCUAUCUAUUAUGGUGGUUUACUUUCUUUUGCUAGACUUUAUGCCAUGGGUGUCAUCGGUCGUCUUAACGGUUGGAAGAGAUACGAAAGAGAUACUUACUCUGAAGUUGAUAUUGGUGCUCUCCCUCCUGGUGAAGUCAUGCAAAUGGUCUGGAAUGGUACUCCCAUUUUCAUUAGAAGACUUACUAGUAAUGAAGUUAAGGAAGAAAAUGAAUUACCUUCUAACACUCUUUUGGAUAAGGAUAAAGAAGUUAUUCUUUCUGAUGCUGGUAACACUAAGGUUAUCGUCGUCUCUGCUGUCUGCACUCACUUGGGUUGCAUUCCUAUUCCUUAUCUUGGUGCUUAUAAGGGUUAUGUCUGCAUUUGCCACGGUUCAGUCUACGAUAAAUUUGCUAGAGUUAGAUAAGGUCCUGCUUUGCUCAACCUUCCCGCCAUUAACAACUCCAUUCACGAUGAAGGUACUUUGGUCUGUAUGGAACAACUUAAGUUCCCCCACGAACCUUCUCAAAGAUUCUGGGCUUGA